ACUGCAUCCCAUCGUCAUGUCUGGAAAUCGGGGAAUGGAGGACUUGAUUCCCAUCGUCAAUCGGUUACAAGACGCUUUCUCUCAAUUGGGAUUCCGGUCUCCCAUCGAUUUGCCUCAGAUAGCCGUCGUGGGCGGCCAGAGUGCAGGAAAAAGCUCGGUGCUUGAGAACUUUGUCGGAAAAGAUUUCUUGCCUCGAGGAUCAGGAAUCGUCACCCGCCGUCCUCUGGUGCUUCAACUCAAUCACGCUAAGACCGAGUGGGGCGAGUUUUUGCACUGCAAGGGCAAGAAGUUCACGGACUUCAAGGAGAUUCGACAAGAAAUCGAAGAGGAAACCGACCGCGUGACGGGCUCCAAUAAGGGGAUAUCUGCAGUGCCGAUUAACUUGCGAGUUUACUCGCCUCACGUUUUGAAUUUGACGUUGAUCGAUUUGCCCGGAAUGACAAAGAUUGCUGUUGGAGAUCAGCCACAGGAUAUCGAGUUUCAGAUCAGAGAGAUGAUCAUGCAGUUUAUAAAGAAGGAUAACUGUCUUAUUCUUGCUGUGUCUCCCGCUAAUGCUGAUCUGGCGACAUCAGAUGCACUGAAGGUAGCCAAAGAGGUAGAUCCACAAGGGCUGAGAACUAUUGGUGUACUGACUAAGCUCGAUCUUAUGGACGAAGGCACGGAUGCCAGUGCAAUUUUAGAAAACAGGGUGUUUCCAUUGAGGAGAGGAUAUGUUGGAGUUGUGAAUCGAAGUCAGAAGGACAUCGAAGGGAAGAAAGAUAUUAGAGCGGCGAUGGAAGCUGAGCGACGGUUUUUCUUAGGGCAUCCGUCGUAUAGACACAUGGCUGAUAAAAUGGGCACUGCUUAUCUACAGAGAGUUCUUAAUCAGCAACUUACCAAUCACAUUCGUGACACUCUCCCAUCACUACGAAGCAAACUACAAACUCAACUUGUGGCAAUGGAGAAAGACGUCGACCAGUUUAAGAACUUCAAAGCCGACGACCCCGCCGUCAAGACAAAAGCCAUGAUGCAGAUGGUUCAACAAUACAACGUUGACUUUAACAAAGAGAUUGAAGGAAGUGGAGACUCGAUUGAUACACAAGAGCUAUCAGGAGGUGCCAAAAUCAAUCGCGUGUUCCACGAGAGAUUUCCUUAUGAGCUAGUGAAGAUGGAAUUUGAUGAACGUGAACUUCGUAAGGAGAUCAGUUAUGCCAUCAAGAAUUUACACGGCGUUCGUGUUGGCCUAUUCACACCGGACAUGGCAUUCGAAGUGAUCGUGAAGCGUCAGAUUAACAAACUGAGAGUUCCCGCUUUGAAAUGCGUCGACAUGGUGAUGACUGAAAUCGGAGCCGUCAUCAAACGAUGCUCAGAGAAUAUGUCUCGGUUCCCUCGUCUUCGCGACGAAACGGAACGGAUAUUGACAAGCCUUGCUAGAGAGAGAGAACAGAAAGCAAAAGAUCAUGUGACCAUACAGGUUGAAUUCCAACUGGCCUAUAUGAAUACCAAUCACCCUGAUUUCAUCGGCUUUGCAAAUGCUCAGAGUAAAGGACAACAGAGAAACAAGAAGAAUGUCGGCAGUCAGGUAAUCAGAAAGGGCUGGCUGACAACCACAACAAUUGGCAUGCUGGGACGUGCUAAAGAAUACUGGUUUGUCCUAAUGGCCGACGGUCUAUCAUGGUUCAAGGACGAACAAGAACACGACCAGAAAUAUCUCCUCAAGCUCGACGAUAUAAAACUGAAAGAGAAAGUCGACUCGUCGUUGCUCAGCUUUGGCAAGAAAUUUGGUUUUGCUCUAUCGAAUCCCAACGCCAAGUUUCUCUUCAAAGAUCACAAACAGCUAGAUCUCUCGUGUGACACUCAGGAAGACUGUGACGGAUGGAAGGCGGCAUUUCUUCGUGCGGGUGUGUAUCCCGAAAAAGAGGAAGACGAAGAAGAAGCGACAUCAGGAGAUUUGGGUGCCCUCGAUCCUCAAUUGGAAAGGCAAGUGGAAACCAUUCGAAACUUGGUGGAUUCCUACAUGGGAAUCAUCAGCAAGAUCGUCUCAGACCAGGUGCCGAAGAUAAUCAUGCAUUUGUUGGUCAACCAGCUGAAAGAAUGUAUUCAAACAGAAUUGCUGCCAAGGCUCUACUCCGAGUGUAACCAGGACGACCUAAUGGAGGAGAGCAUGGACGCGGCGAAGAAACGUGAAGAGAUACUCCGCAUGUACCACAGCAGCAAGGAAGCACUGAAAAUCAUCGGUGAAAUCAAUACGACAACCGUGUCGACUCCCAUCCCACCGCCCGUAGAAGUCGACCAAGACUUCACGGUUCCACAAGCUCCUCAAAGGCCGAUGGCUGCCGUCAGCAGACCAUCUUCGACUCGACCGGCUCGUCCUAACGUCCCUGGCCGACCUCCUGCAAGGAAUCCAUCUCCUGCAGGGCCGAGUAGACCGGCUGCUCCUGACAAACCAGUUCCUUCUAUUCCAAGGCGACCUGUUGUGCCACAGCGUCCCACAUGAUGGUAAGACGUCGGGCCGGAACGCGAGCAUCGUGAUGAUAAGUGACUCUCAGUUGAAACUAGGGAAUGUAUUUGUGGUGAUUAUUUGAUGGACUAUACUAAUAUAUUUUGUGUACUUAAUUACACUAGCGUGGAAAGUGUUUGCGCACCAGUAUGUAAUAAACAUCACACAAUUUGUUAUUGGUAUUCGUAACGUUUGUAAUUCAAAUUGGUAAUAUACCCAAUUGGCUACAAUA